CGGCAGUCUUCAAGAAACUAGGGUGUUCUAUACCAAUCGCAGCAGCAGAUCCAUGGGCAGGCGAGCAAGAGUAGUCGCAGUGAGAUGGGGAUUGCGAAGGCAAGAACGGGAUCUACAACCAACCAAAUUAAGGAGGAUGGAUCAAAAUCAGACCGUUAGAGGGACUAUGUUAAUUGUACAUAAUGGCAAUUCGACGCAAGCAAGAGAAUGACAGGGAAGCAAGCCUAUCAAGUGUAAAGUGGAUGAAUUAUCAAAUUUCUGGUUGCAAUAAUAGGCACAAACAGCUUUUGGAUUCUC